AUGUAUGAAUGGGGAAAGCUGAUAAUCGAAAAAAGAUUUGGAGAUAGGCUGAAGAUCAAGCCAGGUGUUAAAAGAUGCUCUAUUACAGAAUAUGGAGGAACGAAUCAACUGUCCGAAGAGCUGAACCUCAAGGGUAGUAUAACAUCUGGGGGAAGACCUGCAAAUGCCAUUGAGGAGGUAGAAGAGGAAAGCCAAGCAAAUGCAAUCAUCGAUUGCUUGAAAGAGCGCCUUGACUUAUCGCUAAGCAUUCCUCCGCGAGUUCCUUACGACUCGAUUGAUAAAAGCAUGUAUGCAGAAAUCGAAGAAAAGAUUUUCGAGGAGUGGAGGAGGCGUCAGAAAAACGACAUUUUUGAGCGAAACAUAGAAAUAUGGAGGCAGUUUUGGAUUACAUGCGAAAGAAGCGAUACGAUAGUACAGAUCGUUGAUGCAAGAAAUCCGAAGUUCUUCAUUAACAACGACGUGCGCAAAAUGUAUCCUGCAAAAAGACAUGUCCUUAUGAUCAACAAGGAAGACCUUUCGUCCACAAAAAUGCAAAUUGAGGGAUAUGAAUGCUUAUACUAUUCCGCAUUGGAUAACAAGGCUGUUUCUAAGGUUGUUCUUGGCAUUGAUGGAGACACAAUUGGAUUCAUAGGCUACCCAAAUGUUGGAAAAAGCAGCACUAUCAAUCUGAUAAUGAACCAGAAGAAAGUAAAAGUAAGCCAAACGCCAGGAAAGACUAAAGCGAUUCAGACAAUUCCUCUUGGGCACAAGAAGCGUCUAUUGGACUGCCCAGGACUGGUCUUUCCAAGACACAGCAAGAUAGAUCUAAUGCUCCAUGGAAUACUAAAUGUUGACCAGCUGCUUGAUCUGAACAAGCAUCUUGAAUACAUUAUUGAUUUUGUUGGUGUCAACAAGCUGUGCAGAUUCUAUUCACUGAAGGGAUUCUACAACGAUUCAAGAUGCACUAAGGGAGUAAACUACAUCAAUCUGAUGUCAUCUGUGAAGGGAUGGAAAAUAGGGAAAUGCCUGAAGAUGAUUAUAAAGGACUUUACUUGUGGAAGAAUUGCAUAUGAAAGAGAGGUGGAGAAUCUUGAAUUAGUUUUUGACUGGUAUGAGAACGAAGGAAUGAUGUAA